AUGACUGCCAUACAACCACCACCCGACCCCGACCACUCGCACCGCAUCAGAUCACGUCUGGUUUUACGGACUGCUUCUCGUGCGAAACUACACGUGCUGCGACGCGACGCGACGCCGACCCACACUCCUCCACCCGGUCGCACCACCCAAUACCGAAUACACCACGACCCUUGCGCAUCUCAACCAAGUGAAAUCCUGCACAUCUCAGCUACGGAAACGCUGAUCUCGCUCUUUCUUCCUCUCGCCGUUCCAACACAGGCGCGCCUCUCGUCCUUCGUCGGCGCCCUCGCCCUCGGCGACCUCGUCAAAUCCACCCUCGGACCCAAAGGCAUGAACAAGAUUUUGCACUCGACCUCGACCGGCGAAAUCACCGUCACCAACGACGGUGCGACGAUCCUCAAAUCGAUCGCAUUGGACAACCCCGCCGCAAAGAUCCUCGUCAACAUCUCCAAGGUCCAGGACGACGAGGUUGGAGAUGGUGCGUUGCGCUCAGCCAACACCAGAAGGUUUCAAAUUGAUGUUGAGACCAAGUCGAUUUUAUCUUUGAAACAGGCACGACAAGUGUUACCGUCCUGGCCGCCGAAUUGCUGAGGGAGGCGGAGAAGCUGGUCACCCUGCAGAGGGUGCACCCGCAGACGUAAGUGUCCAGAUCGUCAGCGGGUGCGAGACAAGGGUCCUAACAAUGCGUCGCCCAUUAUCUCAUAGUGUCAUCGAAGGUUUCCGAAUCGCUUCCAAAUCUGCUCUCGAAGCUCUUGAGAAGAGUGCGGUCGACCAUGGGUCAGUCGGGACGAAAGCCAGAACGAGGCUGAGGAUCUGACCCCCUUUCGGUUCUCCCCUUGCGCGAUCACAGCAAAGAUCCCGUCGCCUUCCGAGAAGAUUUGAUUGCGAUCGCCAAAACGACCCUCUCCUCCAAAGUUCUCGCCGCGGACAAGGACUACUUUGCCGAGUUGGCCGUUUCGGCCGUGCUCCGACUGAAGGUAGUUUCAAAUCACUUUGGUCACUCCAAAUUCGCGCACUCACUCUGGUGAUGAUUUCUGCACAGGGCUCCACGGACUUGGAGCACAUCCAAAUCAUCAAAAAGCAAGGUGGCAAAUUGACCGAUUCGUACCUCGACGAAGGCUUCAUCCUCGACAAGAAGAUCGGCGUCAACUGCCCGCACAAGAUCGAGAACGCCAAGAUCCUGAUCGCCAACACCCCGAUGGACACGGACAAGAUCAAGAUCUUUGGCGCGCGCGUCAAGGUCGAUUCGACCGGCAAGUUGGCCGAGUUGGAACGCGCGGAAAGGGAGAAGAUGAAGGCCAAGGUCGCCAAGAUCAAGGCCUCGGGCGUGACCUGCUUCGUGAACCGACAGUUGAUCUACAACUACCCCGAAUCCCUCUUCGCCGAGGCGGGAAUCAUGUCGAUCGAGCAUGCGGACUUUGAAGGCGUUGAGCGGUUGGCGUUAGUCACGGGGGGUGAGAUUGCGAGUACGUUCGAUAACCCGUCCGGCGUAAAGUUGGGCAAGUGUGGGACGAUCGAGGAGAUCAUGAUCGGGGAAGACAAGGUUCGUACCCGUUCUCAUCGCGCGGCUGCGUCAUUUGUUUGCUCCGCACAUACUUAUCUCUGUAUCUGUUCGUUGCAGCUCAUCAAAUUCUCUGGCGUUGCCGCGGGUGAGGCGUGCACCGUAGUCCUUCGAGGUGCGACCUCGCAAAUGGUUGAAGAAGCCGAUCGAUCGCUCCACGACGCGCUCUCGGUCCUCUCGCAAACGGUCAAGGAGACGCGAACGACCUUGGGCGGUGGUUGCGCCGAGAUGAUCAUGGCCAUCGCCGUUGACGAAAAGGCGAAAAAGACCGAGGGCAAGAAGGCGCUCGCGGUCGAAUCGUUCGCCCGAGCUCUACGACAGAUGCCGACGAUCCUGGCCGACAAUGCCGGAUACGACUCUUCAGACCUGGUCGCCAAACUCCGAGCCGCGCACUACGAAGGCCGCAGUGACGCCGGUCUGGACAUGGAUCGUGGGAUCGUCGGGUCCAUGAAGGAAUGCGGCGUAACGGAGAGUUACAAACUGAAGCGACAGGUCGUGCUUUCGGCGAGCGAGGCCGCGGAAAUGAUCUUGAGGGUCGAUGAUAUCUUGAGGGCCGCACCGAGGAGGAGAGAAGGUGGGCAUUGA